CCCGGUCCCUCAGGCAGCGGACGGGCCAUGUCGGCGGCGGCCGCGGCCCGGGACGGGCUCGGGGAGGGAGCGGGCGGCGCCCUGGGAGGCGGCGAUGGCGGCGGGACGGGGAUCCUGAACCGCUUCGUGCAGCUGCCGGGCAGGCCGCGGGCGGCGGGCCACCGGUGCCCCCCGGCCAGGAGCGGCCAUCGCUGCGUGGCCGACAAUUCCAACCUCUAUGUCUUUGGGGGCUACAAUCCUGACUAUGAUGAGUCUGGAGGGCCAGAAAAUGAGGAUUACCCCCUCUUCAGGGAGCUCUGGAGGUACAACUUUGCCACAGACACCUGGCACCAGAUGGGCACCGAGGGCUACAUGCCCAGGGAACUGGCCUCCAUGUCACUUGUUUUACAUGGCAACAACCUCCUGGUGUUUGGGGGCACUGGGAUCCCCUUUGGAGAGAGCAAUGGCAACGAUGUCCACGUGUGCAACGUCAAGUACAAGAGAUGGGCUCUGCUCAGCUGCCGUGGCAAAAAGCCCAACCGCAUCUACGGCCAGGCCAUGGCCAUCAUCAAUGGGUGUCUGUAUGUGUUUGGAGGAACCACUGGCUACAUUUACAGCACUGACCUGCACAAGCUGGACCUCAACACCCGGGAGUGGAUCCAGCUGAAGCCAAACAACAUGUCCUGUGACAUGCCAGAGGAGAGGUACAGACAUGAAAUUGCUCAUGAUGGUCAACGGAUUUAUAUCCUGGGAGGUGGAACUUCCUGGACAGCUUAUUCCUUGGAUAAGAUCCAUGCCUACAACCUGGAAACCAACACCUGGGAGGAGAUUACCACAAAACCUCACGAGAAAGUUGGCUUCCCAGCAGCCAGAAGAUGCCACAGCUGUGUGCAGAUAAAAAAUGACGUGUUUGUGUGUGGAGGCUACAAUGGAGAGGUGAUCCUGGGAGAUGUUUGGAAGCUGAACCUCCAAACUUUCCAGUGGGUCAAGCUCCCAGCUGCAAUGCCAGAGCCUGUGUAUUUCCACUGUGCUGCUGUCACCCCAGCUGGCUGCAUGUACGUCCAUGGAGGGGUGGUCAACAUCCACGAAAACAAACGGACUGGCUCCCUGUUCAAAAUGUGGCUGGUGGUGCCCAGCCUGCUGGAACUGUGCUGGGAGAAGCUUCUGGAAUCUUUCCCUCACCUAGCAACUCUGGCCAGAUCCCAGCUUUUGCACCUUGGACUGACACAGGGACUCGUGGAGAGACUAAAAUAAGAACAUCUCCCACUUGUGUCCAAGACUCACCACAGUGAAGAAUUCCCCCUCCCACCACCCCCCUAUUUAUGGAUUCCAUGGAUGGUCUUGCUAAGAACAUGGAGGAACCUGCCCAAGGCCUUACUCUGCAAAUACAUCAAUGCCUUUCCAGACAUUGUUACUUUUAGUCAUUGGAAAAAAAAACCAAAACAAAUCCCCUUUUUAUUUAUGGAGCUAAGUUACAUCACUAAUCCAAAAGUAUUUUCUGAGACUAAGCAGCCAACCAGCAACCUGUCAUCAGCACAAUGCUUGCAAAUUAAUUGGGGAGCUUAAUGAGCUACUGAAUGUGCUUCACCUUGGUAUUUCCACCCUUGUAUCCAACGAGGAACAUGCAGAACCACCACCAAACCUGUUCUUUGGCUUUGGAUAACCUCCCACCCAGCUGAGCUCCCCUUCUCCAAACCCACCCAGUUCCUCCAGCCCUGCAUGUUUUCCAUGGAAUGUUCCCAUCCCUGAGCUCUGGAGACGGCUGGAACGUCCCCCCUGCAGCUUCCCUGGUGCACUGUCUGUGUUUUCUCCCCUUUCCACACUGAAAGCUUUGCUUGGAAAAGUGGGAAAAAGUUGCUACUUAAGGGACUGCUGUGUAGUUUACUGGGGGUGGGGGAGGGAAGAGGUUUUACUGAGGGUUUUUGAACGUUUUCAGCUCACUUUGCACCCAGAAUGAGCUACAGCAAACCCUUAAAGUUCAGAGUUCUUUGAACCUGUUUAACCAAGCCAUGGUUCUCUGCAUCUCCCAGCUUUUGGUUUUCCUUCCUCCCACACAUGCCAAAUUCCCUUUUUCUUGUUGUUUCAUGUUGCCCUGAGGUUAGGAAAUGUUUAAAGGUGAUUUGGGGAGUGGCUUUGUGGAUUGCUCAGCAUCCAAAAAAGGGGAAAGGGAACAUCUCUGCCUCCUGCUGGGAACAGGGAUUGUCUCUGCACAGGAAGGGGUGGCUCUGCUCCUCUUGUGCUCUCUACACUGAAUUUAUUUAAGUGGCCACUGAACUCUCAGCAGCUCCAGGCAUGAGGUUUGUGCAAAAUCCUUUUCAGUUGGAGCCCAUUUUUAAGUGCCUUUUGUUUUUAAAAUCAGCUUUUCCCAAUGCUUUUCUCUUCAUCAAAGGCAGAGGUUACACUCUGGGGUUUUAGUUUCUUUUCAAAAGAUUGCAUUUAUGUUUAAAUAAACCAUAGCAUUGUC